AUGCGGGUCAGGAUGAUUUCAGCUGCCUCCGUCCUCGUCCUGCUCUUCCUGCCCUCGGAGACCUGCUCCCCGCUGCAGUGGCCCCGGGGUCCGUCCCGCAGGCUGACCCUGGCCCCCCAACUCACCUGGGAGCCCUGGAUGGGAGCCCCGAGAGCCCCGGUCCCGGCCACCGAUGCCCUGCCCCAAAGACUGUGCCUGUUCCACGGGGCAGAGCUCGCCCCGGCCCCCCGAGCCCGGCGGGCGCUGCAAACCGGCAAGAGGCGAGACGGAAAACCCAACUCGCUGGAUCUCACCUUCCACCUCCUGCGCGAGUUCCUGGAAAUGUCCCGGGAGGAGAGACUGGCCCAGAAGGCGCUCAGCAAUAAGCUCUUGCUGCAGAGUAUAGGGAAAUGA